AUGCAGCAAACCAUGCAGACUGGGGGUCCAAGCUCAGCAAAGAUAGAACUUGCUGAUGGUGUGGAUGCCAAGAACGAGAAAUGUGCUGAGCAGGAAGUCAAGUUUGAAAGCCAAGAUAAGGAGAAGAUGGAGAUGGAUAAUCUUUGGCUGCAGGUGAAGGGCGAGAUCAAGGAAGAGAUAGAAGAGAUAGAACAGGAGCAAACCUGCAAGUCCUCAAGUUUGGAUGAUCUUACCCCCGAGGAGAUCAUGAUGAAAGAGGAGAUGGAAGAAGAUCCCAAGCACGAUGAAGCUUUUGAAAGCUUAAAAUCCCAGUCUGACCACUCUGAAGUUGCAACGCAGGAGAGGGAAAUUGAGAAGAGCAACAAGGCUGCGAAUAGUCAAACUGCAGCUGAGCCAGAGCCCAAGCCGGAGAGGGAAAUUGAGAAGAGCAACAAGGCUGCGAAUAGUCAAACUGCAGCUGAGCCAGAGCCCAAGCUGGUUGCCAAGCGCCGGCGCCUGACCCGCCGAGAUAUGCAGCAAACCAUGCGGACCACGGGUCCAAGCUCAGUAAAAAUAGAACUUGCUGAUGGUGUGAAGGUCAAGAAGGAGAAAAAUGCUGAGCAGGGAAUCAGUUUUGAAAGGCAGGAUAAAGAGAAGAUGGAGCUGGAUGAUCUUUGGCUCAAGGUUCACAAGAAAGUCAAGCUGCCAUUUGAUUCGGCCAAUCCCGAAGAGAGCUCCUUGGAUGCAUUCGCUUCCCACGCAGCGACCUGGGCGAAGCAGUGCCUGGCUUUUCGGAGUUCCAAGACUUGGAGUCCCACCAGGCCUUGUUGCCCUGCAAAUGUCUUCUUGGGCUCUGCAAACGGAACACCAUCUCCGCCACCGGCAGAUGCACCAGCAAGCGUGCUGCGUCUCACUGGACAUGGCUUGCGGUGCUUGCAGCGCUUUCACGAAAAGCAGGGCUUGCACAGCAUGACGUUCCAGAGUCAGGCAGAGGCAUCUCAGACGCCCCGGAACAUGUCGCCACAAGAGCCCCCACUAGAUUGCGACUUGAGCAUGCAGGACUACAAGGUCCGCGGCCUGGAUUGCAUGAAGAUGUGGCCUUGGAUGAGGGAUCUGCCCACUUCUGUUUGGGCUGGUCAUGGUUGGGCUUUUGAUGAGAACGGGCUCCGACGGCUCUCAUCCUCAGGCGGCAGCCAUGCCAUGCAAGGCGUGGAAGUCUUCGAAUCUGUAGGUCUUGCAGCAGAGGAGGUGAAACCUUCAGACGAAAAGAUCAAAGAAGAAGCCCCAAUCGCAGUGGCCGCUGCAGAGAAUCCACCACCAACUUGUGAGGAGCAGAAGCCAGCUCGGUUCAUGAAAAAAAACUUGGCGAAGCAAAGCGGCAUUCCAAACAUCCGCUGGAACAUCCUUUGUGCCUGGGAAGUCAAAUUUCCCAAAGUUGAUUCAAAAGGAAAACGGAGCGGGUGGACAAAUCGAAAGUUUUCAGUGAAAAAGUUCAUGGGCCCAGGCAUCUCCGAGGCCCAGGCCGACGCAGCAGCUCUCGAGGCCGCCAAGGCCUUCCGUGCAGAGUUGGUGGAGAAGGGCAUCCUCAGCGAGCCGAAGCCGCUGGACCCAAACUUCACCAGCGAAGUGCCGGGGGUGCAGUGGCACAAAAGGAUCCAAAAGUGGCAGGUGGAGAUCAAUUUGAAGUCUGACCAGAAGAAGAUCUAUGGCGGCUACUUCACCGAGAAGGCGGUGGCCGAGGCCAAGGCCUUGGAGCUCGUGGAGAAGGCCGGCCUGCAGCGCCGGGUAAAGCCCGUGGCCACCCUGGCAAACAGAUAUGCCGGACUGCCGGUGUUCCAUCCCAAGGUGCCCUACCCUGGGGUCAGUUGGGAGCAGAGGUCACAGCAAUGGCAUGCAUACUGCAGCGUUGGUGGUGCGCAGCGAGAUUUCUACAUCAGGCCCAAGGACCACUCGGAGGCGGAGCUGGAGCGUUCCUUCCAAGUUGCCGUGGCAUGGAAGAAGAAGCAGGAGAAGGAGAAGGAGAAAGAAAGCAAGGCUGUGAAGUCCAAGGUGAAGCCUGGGAGGAACCAGCGAAAGUGAGUGCAAAAGGUGCAUGGCUCAGUUUCUGAAGCCCCGCCCCGUACAGACAAUCCUCACCUGACAUGUUUGCAAAAAAAGCAAGAGAGCCUUUCUUCCCAUUUGUUCGUUUGCAAUCAUACUGGGAAGAUCCUGUUUUGCACACUUGAGCUCAAGUCC